GGGCGGCCGGCUGACGUUAGCGGCCGUGGGCGCCUGCGCCGCGUGAAGCCGGAAGUGGUGCGUGUUAACAGCCGGCAGCCGCCAUGAGCUUCCUCAUCGAUUCCAGCAUCAUGGUCACCUCCCAGGUGCUCUUCUUUGGAUUUGGGUGGCUAUUCUUCAUGCGCCAACUCUUCAAGGAUUAUGAGGUGCGACAGUAUGUUGUGCAGGUGAUCUUCUCUGUGACUUUUGCCUUCUCUUGUACCAUGUUUGAACUCAUAAUCUUCGAGAUUUUGGGAGUGCUGAAUAGCAGCUCUCGAUAUUUUCACUGGAAGCUGAAUCUCUGCGUCAUUUUGCUCAUCCUGGUCUUCAUGGUACCUUUCUACAUUGGCUACUUUGUUGUGAGCAAUAUCAGAUUAUUGCACAGACAGAAACUGCUUUUUGCUUGUGUUCUGUGGCUGACAUUCAUGUAUUUCUUCUGGAAGUUGGGGGAUCCAUUUCCUAUACUCAGCCCAAAACAUGGAAUCCUGUCUAUAGAACAGCUCAUCAGCCGUGUGGGUGUGAUUGGGGUGACACUCAUGGCUUUGCUGUCAGGAUUUGGGGCUGUCAACUGUCCAUAUACUUAUAUGUCCUACUUUCUCAGGAACGUGACGGAUGCAGAUAUUCUGGCUCUGGAGCGCCGCCUCCUUCAAACUAUGGACAUGAUUGUUAGCAAGAAAAAAAGGAUAGCAGUGGCUCACAGGACAAUGUUCCAAAGAGGAGAAGUGCACAACAAACCCACUGGCUUCUGGGGAAUGAUAAAAAGUGUUACAACAUCUGUUGCAGGCAGUGAAAGUAUCCUUCAUCUGCAUGUUGGCACCUGCCUUGGGAGGUGGCCCCAGCUUUCUUCUGUGUUGAAAGGAAAAGCAUUAGGGAGCUUUGACUAUGCUGGUUUGCCAGAUCUCUCCCUUAUUCAGCAAGAAGUGGAUGCCUUAGAAGAGCUGAGUCGGCAGCUUUUUCUGGAAACCGCUGACCUGCAUGCAACGAAGGAGAGAAUUGAGUACUCCAAAACUUUCCAGGGAAAAUACUUUAACUUUUUGGGUUAUUUUUUCUCCAUCUAUUGUGUCUGGAAAAUCUUCAUGGCAACCAUCAAUAUUGUAUUUGACCGUGUUGGGAAGACUGAUCCAGUCACGAGAGGGAUUGAGAUCACUGUGAAUUACCUGGGAAUCCAGUUUGAUGUCAAAUUCUGGUCUCAGCACAUUUCCUUUAUCCUUGUUGGAAUAAUCAUUGUCACCUCUAUCAGAGGCUUGUUAAUCACACUUACAAAGUUCUUCUAUGCCAUUUCCAGCAGCAAGUCCUCCAAUGUUAUUGUUCUGCUCUUAGCACAGAUAAUGGGUAUGUACUUUGUCUCAUCAGUGCUCCUGAUCCGGAUGAGUAUGCCUCUAGAGUAUCGCACUAUUAUUACAGAAGUCCUGGGAGAGCUCCAGUUCAACUUCUAUCAUCGUUGGUUUGAUGUGAUAUUCCUAGUUAGCGCACUCUCCAGUAUCCUCUUCCUCUACUUGGCACACAAACAAGCCCCAGAAAAGCACAUGGCCCUCUAAAUAAGGACUGCAGUCACUCACUGCUCUCUUGUCCUUCCUACUGGACUGUUGCAACUCCUGUGGGCUGCAAAACUUGUAAAGAGCCAAGAUGGUUCUGUGUGUUCCAGCAGUGUGACUGGCUCUUUGAACUUCCACACAUCUUCAGCAAGCUCUGUGGCUUACUUUAAGGUGCCACAACUUGAAGGAAAAGAGAUGCAAAUGUUGAAUGGGAGGUAGUUUGGCACCAAGGAAUAAGGGUACUCUGUGGUGCACCGGUAUCUUGGGGGAUUGGAACGUGCAUAGUAGGUUGUCUAAGGUGAAACCUGUACAUUUAGAAGAAUAUCUUUAUAGAAGGCACUAAGGAAAUGUGAUUUCCUUUUGAAAAGCAACUCGUAACUGGGAUUCAGAGGGUGGUGAUUCUACAGUUGAAUGCUGGAGUCUGUGGAAUUAAAUAAGCUUUUUGUAAUAUCUCAUGAGCAUCACAAUUAUUUUGUGUCAACCUCAAAGGUUUGGCUGGAAGUGAGCUAGAAGAUGGCUAGGAUUUACUGCCUGGCAGCAGGGAAAUGAGAAGUUGAAGGGAGGUAUGCAUCACUAACUAGUAUCUAGUGUCCUUGUGAGCUGGAGCUCAGCCUUCUGUUGCUGAGCUUCAACUUGUUUCCUCUCCCUGUAUAACUGGAAUUGAGGCUUUGAAUUACUGUUUGCUAGAGUUCGGUAUGAAGUCAGAGAUCACAGCUAUUCCCUCUUUACUUCAUAUGCUGUAAAUUCAGUAUUCCCCACAACCUGUGUGUUCUUCUACAGUAGCCUGUAUCCCCUUCUUGACAUAAUUUAAGGCAUAAAAGUAAAUUUUACUCGUGUGACUUGAGCUUGUAGCUUCCUAUAGCCACUCUCCACGGCUUUCUUUGUUUUAGAAUUGUUCUGGAACAUAAGUCAUAGGUGGCAAGGGUAAGACCUGGGAUAAAGAAAUAGCCACUCUCAACGAUUUAUUUCAGCAUUGUUUUUGGUGUACAGCAAGGAGGCAAAGCAUACAGUAGCAGUAUUAUGGAGCCAUUUAUGUUGCAUUCAAGACAAUGUGGUUGGCUCGGAGUCAGACAAAGCAUGACUGUGAAUUACAUACGCUGUUCUAACUACUGUGAUCCACAACUAUAAGCAGAGGAGAGAGAAUAGUGCUUAAAGGUUUUGAAUUGUGAAUUAUGAAGUUAAUGUAAUGUUUGAAAAAAAACUUCUGCAGUGUUAGCAAGGGAAAGGAGUGUAAUGCACGUAGUACAUUGGCUUAUGACAUAUCACAGCAGUUGUACUGCAGUAAAUACAGCACAUAAGUCACCGCAGAGAUUGAGUUCAUGAGCUUUGUUUAGGAGAACUGCGUCUCCUGGGAGAUGGGGAGAGAUCAGUUGCUCUGUAUUUAAGAGCUUGUCUUUAAAAGGCUAAAACACUUACAGAUUUAUGAAAUAUGGUUCCUCCCUCUGCGGCAGCACAUUUAAGUAUAUACCUCUAGUCACUUAAGUCUUUACAGAAAUAAGUGACUAACUGCUCACUUUACAAGGCAAAAAGCCAAUGAAGUACAAUUGCAGUGUGUUAAAUGACUACAAGUUACAUUGAAGUGUUUAUUUCAGACAGUUGCAUUUCAGCAAGAGAUUGCCAUACCUAUAAGGGAGUACAAUCCUAGAAAUAGUCUACUUCUGGGAUAUGCAGUAGGAAAGAAUGAUUGAAGUAAAGGGAUCUGGGAGACUUAUUUGUUCUUGGUAUAGUUUGUCUUCUCAUAACCGUGUGUCAUCGCUGUUGUCACGGUCUGCUGUUGGUGAGGCGAGUGAUUGCGAAGAGGAGGAUGAGCUUGCCUACAGAGGAGUAACAUACAUUCUGAUUAUUUUUAGUUUGUAAACUUGCUUGGUAGUCUGCAGUGUUAUGAAGGUCUGCUGUUUUAAUCAAUGCUAAUCGUGUACUUAUUUGCAUGGGAAAAGGAGCCAGCAAAUGUGAUUUUUGUUGUUGUAGCAUUUUUUUGAUUAAGUUUACUGUAGAGAUAAAACUGUAUGAUAAGGGCUUCCUGGUUUUGUUUAAUUCUGGAAUCUGCUGAAUUUGCACACAAAGGAGGGGUUAACCUCAGAUCUGCAAAACUCAGCGUGUUAACUAAGAAACUUUUGAGAAAACUUGCAGCUGGACAUCUGCACACGGUGUAAUGAAAAAUGAAUAGGGACAGUAUUAGUCUUAUUCUUCCCUAACUGUUUCUUCUGCAUGAGCUAAAUAAGUAAAUAAAGGCUGACCACACAGAGGGGUCAAAAUGACUGGUUCAAGAAGAAAUACCUUGUUUCUUUUAGGACUUCUGUCAUGCUUCAGAUUCUUUCUACUGGCAUAAUAUGAACAAAAUACUUCAAAUCAGCACAUGUGUUAGAACAUGUUGUCAUACCCUAUCAAUUGCUCUUCCUUCUACAAAAUAAUCUGUUUUGAAGCAUUUCACCUGGUUUCCCCAAAAGCAUUUAGUGCUUAAGUACACCAAAGAGCAUGAUUUCUCUGCACUUUAAGGAGUAUCCUGCCUAUUUCCCAUCUUCAUUAAGAAUGAUCAUAUUUGGAUUACUGUGGUGCACAGAAUCUUUUAUAUGCAUCUUUUAUGUGAUUUAAUCUUGCAUUAAAGAUACCCACCUGUAUUAUGUGUGGGGAAAGAAAAAUUGUUUGUGGUAAUUGGACCCCAGCUUCUCUAUUAAUAACAGACUGAUUUUGUGAAGACCAUCCUCAAGCUAAAGAUCCUAGCUCAGGUAUACAUACUAUCUGAAAACAAGUUCUUUUCCUAUCCCGUAGAUGAUCCCUCAACGUCUGGUCAAUGUAGUAUUACUCACUCUUUCUCUUGGCUCUGGUGAGGUUCUCUCUGGCUCUGCUGGUGGAUUUUGUGUGUAAGCAGGAGGUUCAAAAGCAUUGUAGAAUGGAUCUGCUGUAGAGGCUGUAAUGUGACUCUUCUGAUGCUGAAAGUAUUCGUAAGCAUCUUUGCUGCACACCAGUAGUGUUAGUUCAUCACCGCUAUCCUGCACUCUUGUCACCACUUCUUCAUAGGAUUCAUUCCUCACAUUCAUCCCAUUCACUUCCACCAGAAAGUCAUUAUCUUUCAGACCAGCAGUGUCAGCUGGCCCACUCUUUUGUAUCUGAAAGGCAAGUUUAAACUGUGAUAUUAGCGCAAAACUUGAGAAGACGUAUUAACAACCAAUGUUUAUCUAGAAUGUUGUGUUACUGCUUUUGUUAAAAGACAGCGAAGUAAACAUGGGAGAGAGGAUCAUGGGACAGAAAGAAAUGAAUUGGGAGAGGCAGCAGGUUUAGAUAUAAUUAAUAUGGAACCCAUAAAAUUUAGCUUUAAGAUGCAUCUUGAUUUUGAUUAGGCUUUCGUGUUAGAAGUGUGGCAUGGUAGAAUCAUGAAGACAGGUGGAAAACCAAUUUUCUUAUUAUUUGUAGAUCCCUGUCUGGUAACUUAACGUUAAGUUUAUUGCAUUUCACAAAUUCACUAGUAAUGAGUGUACACCCCCUGCCCCCCCCCCCCCCCCCAAAAAAAAAAAAGAAAACCUAAAGGCACAGGCAUAAUUUGAGGUAAUAGAAGUUUGACUCUUGCCAGCUGUGAUAUAUCUUUUACAUUUUUAGGGUAUUCUACAGCUCAGAAAAAUCUCUUUAAAUUACUAAUGUUAGCAUGCCAACCUUAUGAAUAAAAGUAAAAAUCAGGCAAAAGUUGAAUUAUCUUCCCAUUUUGACAUCUAACAGAAUGAGGAAUAGUUUUUGGUGCUCAUUUUUUAUCUCCUAAACAAUACUUUACCUGGUCCUACAAUGUCAAUCUGGCUUUAACAAUUACAACUCUGUUAUCUAAGAGCAUUGGAGAACACUUUUUUUUGUGGUUUAACUUGAAUACAUUUACAGGACAGAAGGAAGAGGAGGAGGUUGCCUGCCUGCCUGCCUGCCCAAGCUUUCACUUGUUUCUUGUUCUGUGUUAGUACCUCACUGAUGAACAGUCCAGGUUUGUUCUUGAUCAUAUUCAAACUGAAACCGAAUCCACUAGGCCCUUUCACCAUCUUGCAGAUUCUUGGCUUGUUCACUUUCUGCUCAGUGUGCAGCUCCACUCUUUCCUCCACUUUAGCUGGAGAUGGAUCUUGUACUUUGUGGUAGUAUGAAUAGGGGGAAAUUUGAGCCUGAAAAAACAGUAACAAAGAAAAGCUUGUUAAUAUAAAAAAAAAUCUGUUACGAAAUAUGUAUUAGGCUUUCAUGUUAAAUAUGUUUUGUUUGAAAUCUCCUUAUGACGUGCAAUUAAGAUGCAAUGGAGAAUCCUUCACUUUGGCCAGAAAUUAAAAGGCAAAAACUAUGAUGUUGAUCUAUAUGAGAAGGGAGUUUUGUUACCCAUUUUGUUCAUGAGUGGUUAUGCAACCUCGUAGCUCUUGUUUUGCUGUCUUAAACUUCUUUUCUUUGCUCUAAUGUGUUCAAAUUUAGAAUUUCUUCUGUAGUGCCUAUGAAAAUCAAGAACAGGCCAAAAACUUGGGAUGUUUAGUGACAUGCUUUACAAAUGCAAGGAGAGUUGCUGAAAUAUGGACAUACUUUAGACAUUUUCUGCAAGUUGAAGAAGUGUCUCUGUUAGAGCAGAUUGGCCAUUUCAUUGAUGCCUAUAUCUCUUUUCAACGAUGAAUUAUCAGUUCCUAGUGGUAGCCUGCAUUUUCUUACCAGUUUAUACAUGGUGUCAGUCUCCUUAUCCACUACCAGCAGUGCAACUUUUUCUUCUGACUGCUUAAUCUUUUCCACUACUUGUUCAUGGUCCAGAGCCUCCACUCGUUCACCAUUGAUGGCCACUAAGAUAUCAUUGUCUUUGAGACCUGCCUUGGCUGCUGGGCUCCCAGAAUCAACAUCCUUGAUCACAUGACCUAAGAUCAGAAGGAGGGAGAAUAGUUUGAGAAUGAAUAUGUUUGGGAAGUUUAAAGACAUUUCUGAUGGUAAAGGCUAAAUCUGCAAGCUGCACUUCAGGUUGAGACCAUUUCCCUGAUGUAGCCCCGCUUGCAAUAGGACUAUCAAUAAUUUCCCCAAGAUUAGCAGCAAGAAGCCAGACAGGGAGAAUAAGGUCUGCAAAGCCUAUACAGGGAGAAACUGUACAGCAGAUGUGGUGGCCUUGUUGUUGUCUUUGUUCUUACCACCAGUAUUUCGUUCCAUUCGUAGAUAAAAGCCAUAACCACUUGUUCCUUUCUGGAGCUCAACAAGUUGUGGUUUGAGGGGAAGCAAUUUGAGGUUGGCAUUUUCUUUGCUCAGUACCAUCUUCUGGCUUUUGUAAUACUGGUCCGUUUCUUCAUCGGAAAGUAGAAACAUAACAUGAUUUCCAGACUUCUUUACCUGCAUUAGUACAUUUACAGUCUGAGAUGUGGCCCCUUCAACAUUAAGUGGAAUCAUAAAUGACUUUAGGAACUGGUGCACUGAUAUACAAUUGUGUAGAUGCUGUUGAUAAAUGAGCCACAAAGUCUAGGCCAGUCUACUAGAGAAUUGAUUUCAGUUAGGAACUUGGAGCAUGCCAAGACCGUACCAAGAUCUUGGGCAUGUGAGAUCCUCCAUAUAGCUGAGGGAAUUUCCUGUACCUAACUGUUUUCCUGGUCUCUAGAGAAUUAGCUGUAGUGUGGUGCCACAGUUAGCAGUCAUGAAGGUGGCAUGCACUGCCAGUAAAAUUGAAUGAGUAAUCAGUAAGUAGUGCUUGGCUCUGAUCUAGAGCUCUACAAUAUAAACAUAUGACAUCUGUAUCACCAUUCUGGAUUACAUUAACAACAAUCAAAUGGAUAACUUGUCAUUGCCAUACCAUUAACUUCCUGUCACUCUUGGUCCUCUUCCAUCUCCCUCUAUUACUGACUUCUGGGUUUUUUUGGUCUGUUCAGCCUCUGCUUCUAGGCUUCUAGUCUAAUGCUCAUCUUACCCACUAUGACUCUGCAGCUGAUGUUACAGCAGUUCAACAACACAGACGUUGCACGGUUCUGUAAAUAUUAGCAUACAUUGAAUUGUGUUGCUGUAGUGCUGGAGUAUGUACUGCUGGUCUCAGGGCACUUUGAAAUCUUUUCAGCUCCAGCUGCAUUUUAGCAGUGCUGAUAGUGGGAGAGCUGAAGCCUCACUAGCAAUGUUCUUUGAAGCUGAGGCCAGGUAGUGAAGUUACUUGCAUAGUUAUUUUUAUUAGUCUUAGAUUUCUUAAUAGGAAGAAGGAACUACUGUUUGGAAACAUUAAUCCUCUGUGUUCUAAGCUAACUGCAUCAUUGAAAAGUUCCCCCUCUUCCUGCACUGAAAGCCGCAUUUGAGAACUUGUCCUCUUUCCAUUAAGAAUAUUUCUAGGACUUCUAGGAACAGGACUUGAUUUACUUAAUAGGAUUCCUGACAACAGUAUAGUUGUAGUAUUUAAACUUCUUUGGCCUAUCUUGAUGGCCAUGCAGCUGAAGAGGCUGCAUGACAAUAGAGCCAUAGUAGCAUGGUUCUCUGUAGUAUUGAUGAAUACACUGUGACUUCCAGGACUUUCAAACCAGCCAAACUUGCCCUCUCAGUAACCCUAACAGGUUUUUGUGAAAGUGGGCCAGAACAGAAGGUGACUCGGUGUACAAAUACCUUUUCUACCACCUCCUCGUGUGUGUCAUUUUCCACAUUUUUUCCAUUGAUUUCAAUCAGGCGAUCAUUAUUUUGGGCACCAGCCUUUGCAGCUGCUCCUUGUGAUGAUACCUCUACUAUGAACAAGCCCUUCUGACCUAAAAUAGAUGGGGAAAACUCAUUACACAGGGUAAGUCAACGAAACAUGCCUGGAUUUUGAUGGCUGAGGAAAUUCAGUCCUGAUGUCUUUAGAGACUCUGGAUCUCUGUUUAUGCACAGGUUACAGUGGCACCACAAACCUUUCACGUAGACACACACCUGUGUGCUUUAUCCUGCCCUGGAAAAAUCACUUCUGUGGGGAAAGAGGCACUUUUUCCAUUAUCGGCAGCUCAAACAAUCAUUUGCUUCUCUACUGAGGGUGCCUAAGGGACUGAAAGACAGCUGAAAGGGAUUUGUGGGGGAUGUGCAGCUUGAAGUGGGGAGCUGCUUUUGUUGCUGUUAUGUGCAUUUCAGAAUUUCCUGUUUUUGGAAGGCUUCCAUGUUUGGCCCUUGAGUUAUAUUGCAUUCUGAAAUACCCUCUUUAGAGUUGAUGCUUUCCAUAUUCUUUAGAAUGGCACUGGAGGAAAGGUGUAUGUGGAAGAUGUUGGAGAUUUCUUGCUUUCUAAAUGAAAUCAUUUGCAAAUCAAAAAAAGCACUUGGUUUUCCUUUUUCAGCUGUCUUUAGAACUUUGUGUACUGGUUCCCAAGGUAAUUUGGAGGAAUGGAGCAGGCCUCGAUGUGGUGGUUGGAGAGUAUAUGUCUGGUAUACAAGAAGUGGGGUAGUAUAUGUCUGGUAUACAAGUGCAGAAGUGGUCUUAAACAGCAAGCAGAAAAUAGCUUAUUCUCUUUAUCCAGUUUUCUGCACUUUUUUUAUCCACCACAUAAGAAAUGUGGUCCUCAAAACUGGAAGCUGCAAAUGCUGUACAGAAAUGGAUGGUAGAGGGUUGAACCCAUCUUGCCUCCUUUCACUUGCCUUUUGUUAGCAAGGGCACUUAAAGUUAACUGUGUUGUCUCUGUACCUGCUGUCAUAUCUUUACCAUCUUCCCUCCUGCCCAAGCUCUCACCUUCUGUGGUUUUCAAGGAGAAGCCAUAGCCAUUCCUUUCCUUCACCAGGUAGCAGAGCCGGGGUUGUGGAGCUGCAGUGAUUGCUGCUCCAUUGGCCCUGAGCGGCGGGGACUGCUGCUCCUCCUGCUGUUCUGUUGACACCUUUUGACCCAACUCUUCCAAGUUCACUCCCUCCUUUCUUGCCUUUUGAUAGGAAGCUUCAUCCAGAACAAAGAAUACAACAGAAUUCCCACUCUUCUUGAUUAUCUCCACCACCUGUAGUGGACAAGGUCAAAUGGCAAGUAGGUGCUAGGGUGACUGACCUAAAAGCCCUCCCCAGGAAGGGUUGCAGUAUCAGCUUGGGCACUGCAUAUUCUGGUUGGUAUCUCAUCCCUCUACCUUCACACUUUGAAGGCACAUCAAAGGCAUUUGAUACCUGUGGCAGAUAAUGAACAAUGCAGGGAGAUAACCAGAGCAGUUGACUCACCUCUUAGAUUUCCUAGGUAUAGCUGCCAUAAAAAAAUGGAAAAGAAAGCUUCUCAUGGUGAUAGUGGGUUAUGGGGGACUGGUAUGGAUCCCAGACUAAACUGAGAUGUACCUGUGUGUGUUCCUCCUCGUCUACAAAUACACCAUUAACCCUGAGGACUCUGUCUCCGUCCUUCAAGCCAGCCUUUUCAGCUGGACUGUCCUUUUCCACGUUCCGGACAAGAUGCCCUGCUGUGUCUUUCUCAAUACGCAGGUAGAAUCCGUAGUUCUUUUGGGGUUUUUUGGUCGCUUUACAUUCUCGGGGCUGGAGAGCAGAAGUCAUCUCUACCAAGCAGGAUGGAAAAAAAUACAUGUGAACAAAAAUAGUGAACUGCCCUAAAUAUGUCCUCUCUAAAUAUAUAUUGAGAUGGUUUGCUUCAAAAUUCUUGAGGUUUUGUUGCCCAGGAAAUUUAGCUUUGCAAAGUUGAAGCUAGUUAACUAGGUUAAGGUGAAGAAUGCAGUCCUCCUUUUUUCCCUCCUCCUCCUCACUUUCCUUGGCCCUCUGUCUCGAAGGAAGUUAGUGUCUUAGCAAGAUGCAGAACUGGCGGAGGAAGUUGUCUGCCUAUGAUAAGAUGGUGAAAACUGAGGUGAGGAUCUAAAACCAGAAUGAAACAUUACAGGAAAAAAACAAUGGCAGCACAAAAAUGUUGGAGCACUGUAAGAAGGUUACGUGACAAAACUGGAUUUACGAAGAGGAGGUGAGAUCAAAGAAGGACCUCACUGUCCUAACCAGGCCUUCCUGUUCUUAGUUAUUUUAGCUAAACAAAAUUAAGUCUCAGGAAAAGACAUUGUAGCUGAAGUGUUAUCAUUAAUGAGUGUGAGAUUUGCAUUGGAGGGGGACUUUAAAGCAACUCAGAAAUUCCAUGUCUCCACUUACAAAGCUCUCCCCCUCCCCCCCACCUAGGUUUGAUAUCUUCACAUCUCAUUCCUCAUACAAAGUGAGGCACUUGCUUUAUUUCCCUGUCCUUUAGAAGUUACUCACUGGUAAUUCCAAGUUCUUGGAGCUGUCCAUGUUUUCCUCUGCCUCAAAUCCUAAUUAAAACACCUUUUGAUUCUGUUCUAGAGAGGAACUAACAGAGGUAGCAUGUGUUACACUCAGAUAUGCGGUAUAUGCGACUUGAGUAAGAUACGAAUGCAGGUAUUAUGAGGUAUAACGAGUCUGGAACAUUCAGGCAUACACCUACUGACAGUGUAAAUGUGCCAUCAGGUAACCACUUGAAGGAGAGGUAACUUAACCAACCCUGUUUGGUCUAUGUGUUAUGAAAACAGAAGUUGGCACAGCAUGCUUAUGUAGCAAUUCUCAUGUGAAUACUCAAAUGACCAUAAAACCUCAAUUUGCUGUCUAUCUGGCCGCAAAACUUUGCUUCCAACCCUGAUGACCUCAACAAUGUGAUGAGAUGUAAUCAAUAAGAAAAAUGCGAUGUAGUGUCUAUGGGAAAGGAGGGAAACAAAAUCCAUUUUAGAAAAGACAGGCUGCUGAAGUGACUGCAGUAGUUUGAUUCAAAUGACUUGUCAAUGAGUUAAUGACAACUGUAGUAGAAUUUCCAGUCAGUACCUCCAGGGUUCUGUGUUACUUCCCCAGAGAAUCUGAGACCAGCUGGUUGGAGAAUGUACUUGAAGUUGGGAAUUGCUACUAGGCAAUGACCUUGGUCCCCUGGAGGUUACAGAGCAAAUCAUUGUGGAAGCCAUGUCAAGGCACAUGAUGGACAAGAAAAUGAUUGGGAUCAGCUGGUGUGGAUUUACAUUUUUAUGAUGCUUGAUGGACCUGAUGAUGAGAUGACUGGCUCUGUGGUCAGGAGGAGAGCAGUGGAUACUGUUCACCUUAACUUUUGCAAUGCCUUUAAGACUGUCUCUCAUACAGUCCUUGUAGCCAAUUUGGUUAGAUAUGGACUGGAUGAACCUUUUAUUAGGUGAGUGGAAAAUGCUGGACCACCAAGCUCAGAGGGUUUUGAUCAGUGGUGAACCAGCCGGUGGCUGGUUACUAGUGACAUUCUUUAAGGUUAGUACUGGAGAUGAUACUGUUUAACAUCUUUAUUGAUGAUGUGGACAGUGAGACAGAAUACAUCCUCAACAAGUUUGUGGAUGAUACCAAUUGCAGGGAGCGGUCAAUAGGCUGGAGGGUAAGGUUGCUAUUUAGAGGGACCUCAGUAGGCUGGAGAUACGGGCUGAGAGGAACCUCAUGAAGUUCAACAAAGAAAAGUGGAAAAAACCCUGCAUCUGGACCCUGUGCAACAAUACAGCCUGGCUGCUGGCUGGCUAGAAAGCAGCUUUGUGGGAAAGGACACGAGUGCACAAGUUGAACCAGAGUCAGUGGCGUGCAUUUGCAGUGCAGGUCAACUGUAUACUGGGCAGUAUUGGUAAGAAUGUAGCCAGCAGAAAGUGAUUGUUCUCCUCUAUUUGGUGUUUGUGAGACCACAUGUAAGUAAUGUGUCCAGUUUGGGGCUCCCCGGUUCAAGACAUUGACAUGUUGGAGCAAGUCCAGUGGAAUGGUGGGGGGCUGGAAACAUGAUGUUUGAGGAGAGGCUGAGAGCUGGGUUUAUUCGGUCUUGAGAAGAGAAGGUAAAUGGAAGGUCUUGUAGUUUUCAAAUAUCUAACCAGAAUAAAUGGAGAAGACAGAGCCAGACUCCUCUCAUAAAUUUACAGCGAUAGGGUGAGAGGCAAUGGACACAGGCUGCAGCAAGGCACAUUCCAAUUACACAUAAGGACAGCUUUUCAUCGUGAUGGCUGUCAGAUAUUGGAACAGGUACCUAGAGAGGCUGUGGGACCUCUAUCCCUGAGAUACUUACCUGAAUGAGGCCCUGAGUAACCUCAUCUGGGCUGGCCCCGUUCUGCAUGAGGCAUUGGACCAGAUGGCUUCCAGAAGUCCCUUCCAACCUAAGCUAUUCUAUGCUUUUGUGAUCUAAUGGAACUGUUUUGGGUGGUGCACGUCAAUAAGGGGAAUAUCACAUAUCAUGUGCUGAAAGUAAGCAAUAGUCAUGAUCAGGGAACAACUCCAAAGUUAGCUGUCUCAGCAACUCCUGCCAAAGACCCAUACUGAUAAACAAGGUGAAGGAGGACAACAUUCUCUGGUUGAAAAGUCCAGGUAAUUAGUAAACUCAAUGAUUUGUGUUUUAUUGGAUAGAUUUUCUUCGGUCUAUCUCUACCAACUGGAGUCUGUCAAAAGGCCUAAGUUGUGUUGCAGAAAAUCAGCCUCUAAUCACAGUCUAAUAAAUACUCAUAACAUUCAUCUGCCUGCAUGUAAAACUUUCCUCACAACUCUGUGGUUUUGCUUCUCUUUCUAUCACCUGUGUGACUGAUGUAUGUGGAAACAGGCCUUUUUUCUUUUUUUUUGGGGGGGGGGUGUUUUUUUAGAAGUAGCAGGCACUCAAAUCCCUCAAUGAUCUUGAUAAGAGCCUAUUGCAGAACCACGUCUUUGGCUACCCAUGGUACAGACUGUUUGCUGUCAAAGCCAGAAGUGCAUUGUUGAGGUUAUUCAGGCAGCAUACAGAAAAGUAUGCAUGUGUGGUGGCGGUUUGGCACAGAUGCCACUGAAGUGGGAAGAGAAUACAGGGAAUUUCAGCAUGCAGAAAUAGGAAGCCUACAGGUCAUGAUUUGCUUGCUCCCCUUGGUCAGGUUCUUCUGUGUGCUUUUUUUGAGUCUCUGUGUGUUUGCAUUAGGACAAACACCAUAUAGAGAUGGGCUGCCCUAUUAUUUGGACCUUGUGUGAAACGCAUCAGACUACACUGAUUACAGUUGCAGCUCAAAGCAGUUUUUCCUGACAAACAUUGGGAAUUAGCACAAAUUCCCAAGGUUAACCUGCACAAAUAGUGUACAGAAGGGCCAAGAAAGAGUAGGCUCUUAAGGGAAAGAUUACUUCUUCAUAUUUAGAAAGUGGGAGAAGCUUAUAGAGGGCUGCUUGCUAUUUCUCCUUUCACUCCAUAAAAGCUUUACAUGCAAAAUUAUCAGGAUCAUAAAAAGGAGGAGAGUUUUCUAGGGGAAGAGGGAUUAGGGGAAAAUCAAAGGAAUUUCCUACCUGUGUGUUUGUGUGGAGCAGCCUUCACAGGAAUUCUCUUUUGCUGUCCCUCUUGUGGCAGUACCUGUAGGUAGGGCUGGACUUUGAUUGGGCAAAGGUUGAUUUAAAAGAUGAUUUAUUUAACCAAGUUUCACUGAAUAUGUUCAUCUUCUUGAUAAGCUGCCUUGUCCUUACCUGCAGAGGUACAAAUCACAUGCCCUUCUCAGUAACUUUGAAUUCUGCUCUGCUGAUGAUUAUACGCAAAAGCAGUCGAGCUGAUCCGAGCCAAGCCUGAUCUUUGCUCUGGGCAAGAAUCUUCUCCAGCUAUAAGAAACAUCUUAAAGGGAUCAGGUCUGGGGCAUAUCUUAUCCACUUGACAUAAGCAUCUGCAAGAUAUGCUGGCAGACAUGGACUGAACUGAUGGUGUUUCUGAUGUGGGGGGAAGUCUCCAAACUGGGGAUCUUAGUGUACCAAUAUGUACAGUGAUUUGACAGUAUGAAGUUCCCUGUUCCAAGGUCUCAUUCAACUUCAGAAAACUUUAAAGGGUCUGAUUGCCCUCAUUAACUUGCUAUGGAAUUGGAUUAUUAGAAAUAAUGCCCAUGUUUGCCAUGGCUGCUCUGCCCUUUUAAUUCAAAGGAAAGGUAAUAGAAAUACAUAUAACCUAAAUGUUGUUGUGCAUCAGAACAGCCAUUAGUGUUAUAAAUGCCUUACUGUAGUCUACUUAGCCCUAAAUAGAUUUGCAAGCCUGUUGUGACUAGAAAUUGUACCUCUUUGUGUAACAUUCAAUCUAGGAGUCCAGGAAACUGAGCCCAGUGUUGUAAGCACUAGACAAGUGUAGUCAGACUCUGCCUAAGGUGGCUUGCAGUCCUUCAGACAAGUGAGACAAAGCUUGGAUGACAAGGGCCAUAGAGAAGGGAAAUGAUCAUGGCUCACAGUUUUGCAGCUCAGCACAGCAAGGACUGGAAAAUGUACGCAUAUGUAUGUGAGUGUGUAUAUGUAUAAUACAUAUAUGUAUAUGCAUGUAUAAUACAUAAAUUGUGUGUGUAUGUGUGGGUGUGUGUAUAUAUAUACAUAUAUAUGUAUCUCAGGUCAGUAUAUAAGGAAACAGCACAGCAUUUGAAGCAAAGCAUCAGGAUAUAUUUUUUUGAUUGUAGUGUCACUGUGAUAGUCACCUGAGUCCAGUUUGGGUCCAGACAAGAUUUUUCAAGAUUAAGGUGCUACACAAAUGUAAAACGUUUGUGAAAUGCAGAAACAUUCUGUGUUUAUAGAAGAGAAGACAUGGGUUGUGUUCCAGUUGGAAAAGAGAUGGAGGCUGUACAACAGUUCCAAAAGGUUUGGAAAAGAAAGUUGAGGGGGGAAGGUCUAGGAGUCAACAAACUAUUUGGAAACUUCUGGCAUGGUAAAUCAUGGGAGCUUGCUAAAUGAGAAUAGGGAGGGGAAGGUUCUUUUAGGCUGAUGGUUAACACAAGAGCCAUGAAAGCGGGUUAGAUGGGAUGCUGAUGAUGAGGUCCAUGGAGGAAGUAUCACCCUAUCUGCUUGAGAACAAGACUGUGGCUGUCUUAGGGCUGUCUUCAUGUCUGUGGUGCUGAAAUAUAAAUUGUAUGGAAGGUGUGCUAAUGUAUUCAGUGCUGGUGAGCCCUUCAGAGACCUCUCCUGUCCUCCUCUUAGUAAAAAUGAAAUUAAGAAUGGAACAGAAUAAAGGCAACUUAAAGUAUCUCCUCUUCUGGUUCUUGAGCCUUUUGGACUGUUCUCUCAAACAUGUUUGUAUGACUACAAAAAUGAGGAACCUAAGUGGGGGUAGGAGGGGGACAAAAAACCCUGACCUCUUAACAUUUUAUGGCCUACAGAUCUCUAGGAAAACCUCCAAAUUCACAGGACUUUGAUAUUGCAAGACAUUGCCACAGUGACUUAGAUGGUGCAGUUCUAUUAGCACAGGGACUAAAUUUAUGGGGACCAUUCUCCCCAAAGUACAUCCCUCUUUUUUAGCUUGGUUGUGGUAAUGUAAGGACCCUUGCAUUUUCCUGUGUGCUAACAUUUACAAAAUUUUUUCAAUGGUUCUUUUUGCCAAAGCUUUCUGAUGUUUAUUCAGAAAAAAUUCUGUCAUUCUUAUUAUCCGUGUUACCAAAGGAGCCAUCUGUUUCAGAUAAUUGUUUUAGAUUUAUAGCAGAGAGAAACAUUUUCUAGUAGUUGUAAGUGGUCACACAGUUUCCUCAGCAUGUUGGGAACUAGAGAGAGGAGACUGUGUUCUUAGUUUUGGAGCUUGCCAGGGUCCCUGGCUUUAAUGAAUUCACAAGUUUUGAUAAGUCUUAACCGCAAAAUAAAUGUAACUUGUCAAGGUCCCACUCUUUGCCAGGAAGUCUUUGGUCCAGGUGUCAAGCUUGCUUUUUGGCCCUGUUUUGGACACAGACAUAAGUGGACCAUGUGGAUCUCUAAUGCCCAUUGGCGCCAAGAUGAUGGCUCAUAUCUGUUACUGACAUCUGAAGAGUUUAUACAGGUUCAUGUGUGAGUUUAAAAAAAAAAACAAAAAACAAAAACAAAACACGUGGCUAGUCUCUUGGAUCACUUCUGCUUUCUUUGGUAAGCUGUCUGUGUAUGUUUUCUAUCUUCUAUUGAUGAUGGUGACGAAACACGUUUUGUGGCCAUUUCACUGGAUGAGGGGAGCAGAAAACAUGGCUAUUAAUGAAAGAUUUGUGAAGUAGAUCUUUGAAGUUUAUAAUACAAGCUUAAAGCUAUAAAGCUUUCUUCAAUAAAGGAUGUCUUUGUUUUUAACAAAGCGUUACAAGGGUCUAAACUUAAAUUUUCAUGAAUACAGUUUACCUGUUCAGUUCUGAAAAUAAGCUGGCUUCUCAAAUGAUAUGCAUCCUUGCCAGCAUUGUUCUGUUGACAAAAGGUUUAUGUGUAUGCUUUACUGUAGAAAUAUUCCCUCUUUAAUCCCCAUAAUUGUGACUAUACUAAUCACAGCUGAACUCUCUUGCCUGGGAGCAUGAGUCUGAAUGCUGCUUAAAAUCCAUGUAAGGAGGCAUUUCUAAAUAACGUUUGCUUGCCUGCCUUGAUUACUGCAUACUUGCCGACCAUCAGCUCUCUUGUCUCUUUGCAGUGCUGUCCUUUUUUUGGAUUCAUAAGACACAAACUAAUUAAUGACAAUUAAUUUUCAAAUGCAGCCUACUGGGAGAGUGAGGACUCUUAAUAAUGUCCUCUGCUGACUCCUACUGGGACAAUUUGAAAAGUUGUCCUCAACUCCCUGCAGAAAAUUAUGCCCUUGUAGCUGAGAGUGACAGAAUGGUGGUACGCCUGGUCUAAGCCACCGCAACCCAAUGUAUUAACAGGAGGCACUGUCACUUUCAAUUUAUGUUAGUAUGCAUGACUGUGAACUGUGAUGUCUGAAGGCUCUGGUUCAUAACCUCUGUCAGGUAAAGGUAUGGUGACUAAAGAAGUUACGGUCCUCAUCUGAGGCGGCAGCAGCCUCUUCAGCUGCCCUAGCUAAAUCCGACAGGAAUGGUGAAUCAGAGCCUUGGACUGUUUUAAGGACUCUCUCAGUACAGUACUAUGAAGAUGUCUUGUAUUUGUUUGUGUAUCUAGGCUGUUAAAAAUCACUAUAGCCUUUUCACUUUACCAUUCAUUCUGCCAGUGAUGUUUUCCCACUUUGGCAACUAUUGGGUAAAACAGCACGUGCUUUGAUGGUAGGAAUACUUGGCUCACUGAGAUCCUGCUUAAUCAAAAGGUCACAGGCAAAGUUCACUUGAUCUACCAAAAGAAUAUUCAUCAGUCAUCCCAUACAUAGCUAAGUGGUAAUUAAAUCUUUCUUUUUCUGAUGACCAGAUGCUUCUGAUACGGUAAAAAGUCAGGGACAUAAAGGAGAAGCAAACAGAACUGGUAUUGUUGGUCUAGGGAGGAGAAGGAGCGAAUAUCCCUUCUUUUAGCUUUUUGGACUUCUGUCCUCCUAAAUCAUGUUCUGUUCCUAAUCAGCCAGUGUUUAUGGCAAAGAAAGGUAUUCUGCUAUCCAGUGAAACUUUCAUGGCUAAGGGAAACCACCCCUUUCCUCUUGGUAGAUCUGUCAGCAGGGAAUUACAGUGGCAGUCCUCUUUCCUCAGGCUUUGCUUUUUGUGUUUUAAAUAGUGAAUUGUCUUCCCUAAUGUCCUUUUCACUUGAGAACAUAAACUGUAAACAAAUGCUUUCUUCUUUAGUUUUUCAAUAGGGAUUCUGUAUUGAUUAUGAACUGGCCUUUUGAAUGCUGAAUAUUUAAUAGACUUAAUUGUGAUGUGUCUGUGCAGCUUCUUUUGCUGCCAUGUCAGGCUGAAAUCAAUGUUUAAAACUGGAAUUUUGUACUGAAGCAAAAAUUUGAAGACUUUAAAAAAGGAGGAAUUAUGUGAGUUGAGUAGGCUCUUCAGUGGAGGAAUGUGCUUGUCCUAAUAAAUGGAUGUAUACCUGUAUAUAUAUUUAUGAGCAUGUACAGAAAUUGGCCUGCCUGCAAAACAAUUUGGAUAACAACAGAGGUUGACUGGAUUAAAGCAGCUCAAGUGGCAAUGCGUUUGGAGUUCUGUUCUUCCCUUGGGCGCUGGUAAUAUGCGGGAAGAUGUUUCUUUGCAGUUCCUUACAUUGGGCAUUUUCAGGACAUAAAUUUCUUCAGUUCUGCAUUAGAAUUGCUGUAUCAGUCAAAAGUCUUUGUACAUGCAAGAUGCUGAGGUAUUUGUAACAUUAUGUGUGUGUGUGUGUGUGUGUGUGUGUGUGUAUAUAUAUAUGUAUAUAUAUGUGUGUAUAUAUAUAUAUAUAUAUAUGUAUGUGUGUAUAUAUAUAUAUAUAUAUUUAUAUAUUUAAAUCUACCAGUCUAGCUUUUCCAAAUCCAUUCAGCACAUGGAACUUUCUGUUUCCUAGGAUAUGUAAGUUUAUAAAACUGCUUUUUCUGAUCUAUGAAUGAACAGAUAGGUUACUUAGAUCUCAGUUGCAUGUGCAUUUCUUGCCCUCUGGAGAUAGAUUUCUGAAUUUGACAGUGGAGUGUGUUAGUUCUUCUAAAGCUUUUCAAAUUUUUGUGUUUAAAAAAAAAAAAAACCUACUCCACUAUUUUCUUCAAGGAGCUUGAGGAACAGAUGCCUAUACAAUCACUUCAGAAAGCACAUACUCCUCCUCCAAAAGUACAGCUCUAUGGGAGAGGAAGUAUACAGACCUAAGACUUUGACAACAAGAAGUCUGAAUCUCUUUCCCUUCCCAUCUCCAGUUCCCCUUCUCAUUCCCCUUCCCUCUCUCCCCCCAAAUCUGUUAGCAAUGCAGGAAAUAUCCAUGGUUUCUGUAUCACCUCUUUAUUGUUGACUAUUUUAUUUCACUGUGUCAAUGGAGAUGCUAUAGUGACUUUCCUUUGCCCUAAGCGGAGCGUCAAUGGAUGUCGGGGCAGGAGGUGAGUAGUGUGCAUUAACCUCAGCAAAUAUAAAUGCUUCACUGAAGCCAGGAGAUCCAUUUGACUUUUUUUUCAUAUGCCAAGGAUCUGACUUUGCUUCAGAUUUCCUACUGGGUGCAUGUAAUCUUGCUACCAGAAGGACUUGAACUGGAGUAGCGUACAUUUACCUCUCUCUCUGAGAUCAGUGGUCACAAUGUUAAGUCUGAGUGUAGCCUUGAAGCCUAAAUGCAGGCUGCCUGUAGAAGUUUCCAUCUCCUUGGUCAGUUUAUAUUUGCCUUUGUUUUGAGUGAGAUAUUGUGUGCUGCUCUGAUGUGGCUUAUAUGAAGCCUAUAGAAAUGUAUGGGGGUGGAUAAUGGCUGCUCUUUAGUUAUUUUAGUUUAGUUUAGUUUUAGUUUAGUUAUCUUUAGUUUAGUUAUUGUCAUCUCUGUGGCUUUCAAAGGUUUGUGUCUGCCACAAAAAGGAAAAACUUACUACUAUGCUAGGCUCUGCAUAAAUGCAGAAUGCCAUCCUUUUUCUGGGUAAAACUUGAGAAUAGUUACUAUAAGCAUUGUGAGGAAUGUAAAUCUAGCUGUUAGUUGAACCCAAGAUUAUUUUAAUAUGAGAAAAAAAUUAUUUACUACAAAAAUAAACUAAUGCAGUAUAAAAGCCAGCAGAGUUACUUAUAAGCUUUUAUAGUUCUUCAAUUUCUUUGGUUAAAAUUUCCUGCAAACAAGCAAGUGAUCCUACCAGAAAUCCAUGCCUAAGUACUAAGAACAGAAUAAAUCUCCUCAAAACGCAUACAUGGAAAUAACACUGACUUGGUUGCAAGAGCAAGUUUUGGUGAUGGCAGAGCCUAAGGUCCCUGAUCUCAGCUGGCAGGUGGCACUCACACUUUCUAAAACACCCACCUAACUUUUUGUCUUUCUGUGGAAGGUAUGGCAACAUCUGGGCCUACUUAACUUAUCCUGAAAUGUUGAACUGGGUUCUGAAGUGGAGCCAGCAGGACAUGCUUCUCAGGAAAUAAAGGCUGUGGAAAAGGAAACAAAAAAUUCUGUUAGCCACAGGCAUAGCUGAAGUUGCAUGAAUUUGUUUCCUCAGGCAUGCCAUCCACAGUAGAAAGAAUUUUAAGAUUUAGGUGAUUGGGGAAGCCAGCCUAUGGCCAGAUGAAACCUGUGUGUGUGUGCACCAGUAAGCUCCACGUUAUCUGAGUCCAUGUGAUAAAUAGCAAGAUCCCAAGAAGGUAAGCCGUAACUCAAGCUCCACUCUCUUGUCGUCUUGUUUUGCUUUUUUUUUUGGAAGCUAUACCAUUGUCUCUUGCUUUUCAUUUAUAUGUGCACAUAAGAGAGUCCCAACAGAGCCCUUUGAUGAUUUCCUAAAGUUAAACCACAGCUUGUCACUGAUCAAGUCAGAUUCUCUGAUGUUAAUGAUGGUGUUUAAAUCUGCCCUUACAUGAUUUAACUGUCACACUUUCUUUUAAUCCCAUGGAAAUGCUGUGUCCCUUUGAACAGGAUGAUGGAAUAAGAACCCUCCUAAUUGUGUGUUUAGUGACAGCAGGGUGUAAAGAAAAGGUAGCUUAAUGGACACUUAAAUCUGGUAGGCAUUUAUAUUCCUAAGUAAGUGCUGCUAUUCAUUAUCUGUGUGCUUUUGUAGCUGGAUCACUGGGUAGGGAAUUGAAGCUGAAGGAUGUUGUCAUUGUCUUAAAUUCUCCUCGGGCAAUACUUACAGUAAUUCCUCCUAGUGUUAACUUUGUGAGUGGUGAUAGUGUGCUAUAUUAGUUUGGGAGUUUGAUCAUUUGACUAUGUUAGUCUAUUGAUUCAUUGUAAUACUGCAAAAUUCCAUAUUUAAUUAGCUUAGAUAAAUGUGGAAUGUUUUGCAAGGUUUGCUUGCUUUUAUGUCUAUUUGAUUGGCAUUAUACUUUUAUUAUUUUGAUUAAAAAAGAAAGAAAAAUUAAGUUGCAGCUUUUGACAGAUUGGUACAUGGACCUAUUCUCUUUAUAGUUGCAGAAUGCAUAUAUCUUGAGGCAUGAAAUUUGUAAGCCCUCUGAGUUCCCUUCAAAAUUAGUUCUAAAAUGCUUCACAACAUGAUUAAUAAUAAUGUUCACUAUGGCAAAAAGCUUUCUGUUUCAAUUCAGUGUAGAACUCUUGGGUUUUGUUUUUUUUUUAUUAUAGAUAUAAGAAAGUAAAAAUGAUAACCCAUUUGUCAGUUGUGCGCACCAACAUAUUAUGAAAGCGAUACUCUACUGAAAGAAACCCAGCAAAAUAGGUCUUAAACUGAGGUACAUGAGGAGGCUGAGAAAGAUGUUGGCAUAAACUUGGAAACUGGAGCAGAAUGGCUUGCAAAUUUGCAAUUCAGCUUUUCUUUGGCUUUCUAGGAUUGUGAGAAUUGUUCCCUAUUUGCAAGAGAAAAUAAAAGAUCUUUUUAACUUGUACUAGGAAGCAAAACUGACUCUCAGAUGAACGCAGGCAGUGUUCCCAUUGUGAGGCUGCAAGGCGUAUGAUUGAAUUUUAUUAAAUGGAAGGAGCACAGCCUGCUUCUCAGGCCUCAGAGGAAGUAGCUUGGCUUUUGAAUGACUCUCAGGCUUACUUGGCCUAAAAGUUUUGUGUUGAUAUAGAAUGGAUUAAAACUUUUAAUUCCCCCCCUUUGGCAGAUUAGUUUUAUGCACAUACUUUUUCUUUUUCUUUUUCUUUUUUUUUUUUUUUUUUUUUUUUUUAACAUGGGCAGAUUUAAGAUAGUAUGUUAGUUAUAUGAAUAUAGUGCUGCAAUUGCUUCCGUAUCUGUGUAAAUGCACAUUCCUUUAGUAUUACAGGGAAAUCUGUGAUAAGUAGGCAGGCACUGAAGUGUUAAUAAAACUCUAGAGGGGAUAAGACAAAAAAAAAAAAGAACCCAGACAAUUCUUUUUUUUUUUUUUUUUUUUUUUUUAUAUAUAUAUAUAUAUAUUAGCCCCAGAUUUGGGACUACAGUUAGGAGAGGGAAGUUUUUGUGUUAGCUUGGGCUUCAUUUUGGGGGCCUCUUGAUCUUAACCGGUUUGUAGACUAACAUGUCCAGAAGGCCGACCUGCCGCAUGCUUGGGGUGAAGGCAAGUGCCUAGGAUAGGUUACAGCCAGGGCUAUUGGAAGUCCAGAGGGUCGGGCACAGUUUUAUCUGGUUUUAUCUGUUGAUUUAAUAUAAACACAUGCAGGGGUUGAAACCAUCCUACUUUUUUCUUUCCUGAGGAGGUUUGCAGAGCAGGAAAAUAAUAGAAUAUGUGAGGACACUGAAAAAUACACUGUCUGAUCUUGUGAUGAAAGUUUUUCCCAGACCUGUUAUAUCCCUGAAUUGCAUACUUGUCAUGAAAAUGUUAACUCCUUUAUUGAACCUGAUGGAUUUACUAAUCCUAAGACAUCUAAGGAGAUUUUCCUUGCCUUAAAACAAACAGGCCUGCAUUCAUAUUUACUCAGUAAGUAGAACUUUGCUGUUUGCUUUUAUUUAUUUUUUUAAGGUUAAAAUAGUGGGUUUUUUUCUUUUUUUAAGCCUUGUCUAAAAUAAUGUGGUGGGAAUAAAGAGGGUGUUCCAUUGCACACUCAAUAUUUUCCUAUUUUACUCAGUUCAUCUGACUGUGGAGAAAGUAGAUGUAACCCAAGAUGCUGACUGCAAGGCAGUCUAGGCCUUUCUCACAUAAAAGGGCUGUUCCCAAUCCUAUUUCUGAGGGGAACACUCAAAGCCCAUUCAGUCUUGGUUGCUCAUGAAUAUGUACCCUCAGGUUUGCUUGUGAAGGCAGGGCAACUGUGAGUGCUCUCCACUGACGGCAUUGGUACUAAACGGACUUCAGAGAACAUGUUGCUUCUCCCACAAGGGAGGUGAUGGCUUUGGGAUUCUCUGCGAGGGGAUUUGCUGGGAUUUGCUCUGAGACGUGAGAGAAAGUGGAAGGAGAAGAGAAAAAUCUCGCUCUGCUCUCCAAAUUGUGCAAUUGGUAAUGUUUGCUCAAGCCAGCAUCUUUCACCAACGUGACACUUUCUUAAAUUAAGGAAGUUUGGAAGGAAAUCCAAAAGCUAAUGGCUGUGCAGCACAGAGAAUUUGCACUUCCAGUAAACAUGUCUGGACACUGAACUACCUUUUGCUAAAACCAGGAGUUUUUAUUGCUCUAAUCAGUUACAGAGGCUGUGAAGUGAAAUAGCAGCUCUGAUUAUUCCCCCUACAUUAGCCACUGUACACAUUUUUAAAAGCUGUUAAAAGAGCAACUCAUACUUCCUGCCUGGGCUCUGGAACUCAAACCUGUUCUGAAUGCUUGAAUUAUGUCUUAUUUUUUACUUAAGGUUAUGAUAGUGGAAUUUUCUGAAAAUUACUCGAUCAUCUGACAGAGUAAACUGGACUGAGCCAAAAAAAUCCCGUGGUCCUGGGUAACUGACCCAUAACAGAAAGCUUGAUGCAAAAAAAAGUGUGUGUGUGAGGACCUGUUCUAAAAGCAGUAAAAGGCUGAAAGAUAAGAAUCAGUGAAAACAUCAACGAGACAUUCAGCUUUUUGCAAAUACAGACUAUGUGGGCAUUUCUCUGUGGUGUAGAAAAAUGUAGAUAAAUACUUGCUUGUCAUCUUCACACCUACUAUUUUUCUGCUCUUUAUGACAGACAGGAAUAUCGUGCUAUACCAAAAUGAACUGAUUCAGCUAGGUACUAGGCAGCAUGAAAGCCAGGAGUCCUGUCUUGGCUUUCUUCUGUGUUUUGGUCUAAGGUGAUACAAGAAGGAGGGGAAAAAAAAGAAAGCAAAACCAAAUUAAAAAAACAAAGCUUUUGAUUUUGAAUACUUUUCUAACCUCAGAAUCUUUCAAAGGAUAACUUUUUAGAGAAAAAGCACUUACCCAUUUAGUAAAUGGAGGUCAAGAAAACUACCCUAGUUUUUUUUUCUUUCCCCAGCAGUGGGGAAGCUCUGCUUAGUUGUCUGGCACUUAAAGAAGUUUCUGAAAGGAUAGCUAUGUUUUUCUAGGGAAAAGGAAAGCCUAUGUUCUGAGGUAAAGAAAGAAAUUCUCCUGUCUCCCAACACCAGUCUGAAAGAGGAGGAUGUCACGGUAAGCAUUAUUUUUUUUUCUUCAGAAUUUCUCUGUUUUUCUUAUCUGAUGCCCACAUCAAAAUUUUCCUACUCGGAGUACAAAUACAAUAACGUAUAAGUAAUAAAAAUUCAAAUGUUUUUUCACCAAUGGAAAGAGAUGUCAGUAGGCUGUAGUUCUGUACAUUCUAAUGUCCUGAGACUGUUUGCUGGGAGCCUGGCUCUUCCUGUCUAUGCUAGCAAAAUAAUUUGAUGCGGAUGCUCUGUUGAGGAGAAGAAGCAGUUAUGAAGGACUUUGGGCAACUUUUAGGAACUGGGUGAUGUUAAAAUCACUGUAGACUGGAGCAAUGAUUAUGUGAUUCUGGUCUAAAUUCUAACUUUCAUCUGUUUUCAUUAGUGUCCUCAGAGCCCGAAUAGACCUGUUGCAUGUAGAGAGAGUACGUGUGUGGGGGAGUUCUGGUUUGUGGUAUCUGUCAUCUUGAAUGUUGUUUUUUUUCCAGCUGUUUUUAGAGCAGAUAUGCACUUUACUGUCUCUUUGUCCUAGUUAAAUGCAGAGGGGUUGCUUUAUGUUAUUUCCAAGGUCAUCGCUUCAGAGGGAGGUCUGUGCACUUUUGAUUGCAAUGCCUAUGAUCCCAGGGUUCCUGACUAGAGCUAGAGGAAGCAACCCCAUUCUGGUUUUCCAAAUGGCAGUGCUGGCAAUGCUGGUAUCAGAGUACAAUAUGCUGGAAAUAAUUUAUACAUCUGGCAUGAAAUACAUGGAAGAAGGGGGGACCCUGACUUUGAAUUGCACCAUCAGGCAUCGACAGGAUCAGUCUUCACAACUGGAGGCCCACUGGUAUAAAAAAGCAGGGAACCAAAAUGAGAUGGAGUUUGGAAAAGAGCUGGAAUGCCUGCAACUAUCGCACAGUUCAGACCCCAGCACCAGCGUUGUGUCAUUUCUGCUCCUCAAAAUCCAGAGCGUCAAUCAAUCUGACAGUGGCCGAUACCAGUGCAGGGCCAAAAUAAUGAAUGCUGCCCUAACAGCUGUGGGCCACUUUAUUAGAGUGAAUGUAACAGGUACGAGCAUUGUCAAUACCACAGAGAGGACAGAGGGCGACUUUCAAUCGAACAAAGCUCUGAGUGUGGAUUCUCAGCUGGAGAAGAUGUGGGCAGUGCCCAUGGUAUUCUGGAUAAUUGUAUAUGUCAAAGGGCUUUUCCAUUGUUUUGUUUUGUGUGCGUAUGUGUGUGUUUCCCUGCUCCCCCCUUGAAGGACUUGUGCCACGAAGACUCAGUUUGUGACGAAGACUGUUUGUGAUGUCCGAGCUGCUUCCCUUAACAACAAGAUAACGUUCCUGAGAUGCUGUAAGAACAACUCCAUCUUAUCGCACAUGAUGAAGGCCUGGGAUUCACAUUGUGUUUCAUGGCACGCUUCAAGGCAAAUGCUCAGGGGCUUUUUUCUCGACUUCCUGUAUAUCAGUUCAUUAGAGUUUUUCCCUUUGCCUGUUAGUCCCAGCUACAUCCUACAACAGGAUUCUUUCUUCAUGCCUUUUUUAGUCCUAGAAUUGAAAUCGUCUUGCAUCUAAUGUCAGUUCUUACAUGUGUCGCCUGCAUUCAGGCAACAGAUUUCUCAGUGUUGUGCUCUUUGAAAUGAAGAGAUGGUUUCUUUGCAACUGUGUUUUCUGAGCCCUGCCUCCCAUGCAGGGAGGUUUUUCCUUUCUGCUAUAAUUCUCUGUGCAAAGAAGGAUUUUCUCUAGAGCUGCUCUCCUGUGUUCUUCUCUCGUCUGAAUUUUUUUCUGACAUCUUUCCGUUCUAUUCUCUGUGCUCUUUAAGUUGCACAGAGAGAGCUUGAGGCCUUUAUUCAAUCCUAAGCAAUAUGAGGAAGACUUCUGCCGUAUGAGGUAGACUUGUGUAAAAUGGGUUUGGCAGCUUUUCUCGUUUUCAGAUGGAUUCCAAUUGUCCUUGUAUUUACAGAUCAUUUGGAAAAUUCAGAAAGUAAGCUCCUCUAACAAGCUUCAAGGCACAAUAAAUUCUUAGGUUAGGCCCAGAGCUAUGUUCCUGUGUGUGUAAAGAGAUGGAUGGAGGAUCAUGCGUUUCUUUUUUAAAGCUUCACUUAAAGUCACUCUCUGAGGUGGAUUUAAAUGUUGUCCAUGUGUAGAUUGCAAGCUCUUCAGAGCAGGGAGCACCCCUCUCUUUCUCUUUGGAAGACCUAUUUCAUACCAUGCAGGUUAGAACGGAGAGUGCACAGGAAGCAGAAAUGCAGUCAUUUUCAAACUAAAUCGUCUACAAACAGAAACCAAAAAUACGCAUAUUAUUUUACUCUAGUUGUGGGAUGUUUUUAAAGGCUAUUUUAUUUUGCCUACAGUCUUUUGAAUGAUAUUGUGUUCCUUUUCCCUUCUGUAAAUAUUUAGGUAAAUUUGCUGUUUGUGUAAGGGAUAGAUUCUUAGGGCUUAAACUUUGCUACCAAAUGACAAUGGAAAGGUGGUUACAUCUGUAUCUGUCAGUAUGUUUGGGAAUUCUUUCCACUGUUACUAAAGCUUCUGAUAACGUGACAUAGAUCAGAAGUGCUUUUCAUACUUGGACAUUUGUGUGUGAUGAUUUUGAAUGUAAAAAUUGACAAGCAUCUUCUCAAUAAAUAAGUCAAAUGAU